CGGUCAACGGCCGGGCUUAAAGCUAGUUACUAAUUAGGACGGUUCAUUUAGCAUUAAGGAAUGAGAUUAAUGUGUAAAUUAAACAUCCCACGUUUAAACCGGCUGGUAGACCGGGUGGAAUCAGCCUGGUUUCUUACUUGAAUCUCUAAAAACUGAUUGCAUUAUUAUGAUUUGAGUUGACCGCUUUCAGGAGGCACUCUCACUCUCUCAGUCUCAGUUAAUUUCGCCAAACAAAAUGGAGCAGUUCCCUAGUUGGACUUCUAUAUUGUAAUUAUCAUGUGUUUAUUGUUUUCCUAAGCUAACAAUGUCCUUUUUCCUUGUAAGCACUAUUUUUCUAUUAUUAUAUAUAUAUUUGCCUCCACGGCACAUUUAUAUGACUAGCAGUAACUUGAUGUGUUAAAAAAUGGGUACAAGUUAAGACUCAAAACUAAAUAGAACUUCUUAUAGCAUGGACCAUUGAUUAAACAUAUGAAUUUCAAUCAGGCAACUAUGCCAUGAUUUCGAAAGAUUGUGUUAAACAAAGCUACACAUCGUAUGGUUUAGAGAUGCAUAGCAUGUAGAACCAUCUUGUAGAAACAACUAAUAUGGAACUUGAGUUGGUUGGCAUUGGUGACUAGUGAGUGCGGCAUUAGUAAUUGAUGAGUAUGGACACUUAACUAUCUUUAUGUAGAUGACUCAAUUAAUUGCAAUAUAAAUGGCUUGGAUCGCGAUGGAGUUUUUUGGGCUUUUUACUAUCGUUUGGUCCAUUAUAAACAACAAUGUAUUAGUCAACAAUGUCGCGAGUUUAACAACACCGCGAUAUCAAGAAGCGACGUUUAAUUUUAGAGACGUAGCAUACGUAAUUGUGGAGCUCUCCAAAUGAAUCUCUAUAUGAAUAGAGGUAAAGUAACGUAGCUUCCUCGUAGUUCAUCGAACACCCUCGUUCAAACAUUAUGUUGAGAGGUGUGAGGCAAGUAUGAGACUAUGAAUCGUUUGGUUCUCUCAUCUGUUUGUUGUGUUUCCUUGAAAUCCAAGCAUAUUAAACACGUGAAGUUUGCAUAACGAAACAAAUAGUCACAUCUAGUGAGACAUGUGUUUCACAACGAAAUUAAUUGGCACAUCCUGUGGGACCCGUUGUUCGAUAUGGCUUCUCGAUGAAGGAAACAUGAGAGUGAUCUUUAUCAAAGUUGUGUGAAGGAUGAGCAAAUAGUUAACAUUGAGGUUGACCACGUUAUAGGUGCUUCACACAACAACGCCAUAAUGGAGGUGCUACCAGUGGCGCCAACUGUAUAUAUGAGCGAUGUGUUGCUAGCACUCUGCUAGUGGCGGCAAACAAUCAUCAAAGGGAUGAGGAGCCUGAUGUUGGUCGAAUUCAACAGGGAAAACUAAUAGGUAAAACUCCAUUUUCGCUUAUUUGGAUGAAUGUUUUGAUGGCUUUAGUUAGCGUACUGAUAUGCGACUAAGCUUACUCGUUGAAGUAUUAGAUAAAAAAAAUAUGGUUUUGAUGAAGUUGUUGAGGAAAACAAAUGUGAUUCUAAUGAGUUCAAAGAGGUUUUUAAUAGACCAGCGAUGAAAACUAGGGCUCCGCCGUCAAAUGGUGAGAAUCCUUUAAACAAUGAAACUAGUACCAACAAAUUUCCAAUAAACGGCGGCAAGAUUAGCCAAGUGAGACAAAGAGUUUCUCCGACCUCGAUGGUGAACCCAAUAGUUCCACCACAAUGAGUCUUGGCGAAACCAGCACCAUCGUGAACACUCGUGUUGAACAACCACCAUUGCACGGCGCGAACAAUCUCAUUAGAUACUUUCUUUGCACUAUAAAUUUUCUUAGCAUGUAAAAUCGUGUUCCCACCAUUGCACGACGCGAACAAUCUCAUUAGGCUUUGGUUGAGUUCAAUAUCAGUGUGUCCAAAAUCCAAAUACAAGUUUUGUUCGUUGUAGGGAUGAGCAGUGGCCAGUGAGUGGUUUUAUGCGAACUUGGGUGGAUUUGGAACGACCCACUACAUGGUGGGUGAAGAAGAAAAUGACACACACACACACCCAAGCUGGCCAAGCAUUACAUGUGGGUUCGUUGGGUUGGGUGAUUGCGGAUGAUGAGUGGUUGGGUGGAUUCAGUGGAUUUACAACAUAUAUUCCAAUUUGACCACAAAAUUUCAGUAGUUUUAAACUUAAAAUGAAAGAAAUUUUCAAACUAAAUAACGUUUAAUCCAUAAAUCAGGUGAAUUAUUUAUUUUACAAUAUUGGUAUUAGUACCUGUCCAUAAAUUACAAAAUAUUCAACCGAUAAACAUGGUCUAAGGCUGAUAAUAACCAAUGUAAAAUAAGGCACUAGGCAUAAGGCAAACAUUUUGAUCUUGCCUAGCGCCUCACUCACCUAGGCGUUGUGAGCAUACAUAGCUUUUUAACCUAUAGUCCUAAAUUAAAAUUCCAAAUUGAUGGAAGAAAUGAAGGACGAAUCGAUGGUAGUUUGAGAUCAUAAACAUGGUAGUUUGAGAUGAUGUCAUUUUGGGGAAAACAACUGUCUUUUUCGGCCAUUUUGUCUACUAGUUAUGCUUAAGCAUACCUCCAUUUGCUUAAACACACCCCACAACACAAUAUUUUGAUCAAAUUUGGGAGGAAUGUUUAUGAUUUUAAGUGUUACGUUUUGGUAGAACUAUAUGUUAGAGCUUCAAUUGUUUGAGGUUAAAAAGUUGGGUGGGUCGUGGGUCAAACACAAUCCACCUGCACUCAUCCAAUUUUUUGUGGGUCACUUAGGCUCGUUUGCUUGUUGAAUUUCAAAAUAAAGGUUUUGAGUUUUGAAAACCUUUGAAUUUAUGAUGGAUUUGUUGCAUUUUGUAUUUGAAAGAUAACAUUGUUUGUUUAGUUGAAUUUUUUUUUUAUCAUUCAUUUGGUAUGUGGUUGUAAAAAAUUUGCCUUCCAUAACGUGGUAUUUGCAAAUACCACAUUUUCUCAAACUUCCUUCUUGCAUCCGUGCUCCUCCGAUUUACAAAUUCGUGAGGUCAACGGAUUUGGAGCAAAAAAAAUUGUCCUAAUCCAUGGGCCCCACGGGUUUGCCUACCUUAACAAAGAAUGGGUUUGAACAAAAGACAUGAUGGUUUGUAUUUAGAUCCAAAUCUCAUUAGCAAACAACACCAAUUUACAACCCAUACCCACCCAUAGGAAGUACCCACAUGAUAAUAGGUGGGUCGAUUGUGGAUGAAUUUUGCUGGAUUUGUGAGUUCAACUACCCAAUGCUCACUCCUAAUUCGUUGGUCAAGAUAUCAAACAUUUUAAAAUUAUCAAAAUGCUAAUUAUUGUUUUGUAAAAAAUGAAAAUACGGGGACCUUUUUGUAAUUUAUCCUUGUCCUAUCGAGUGCGUAUCAACCUAUCGGCAACGGAAUGUGCGACUAGCCCGACUACCGCCCUUCCAUAAUUGAGGGUUAAAAUUCUGAAUAGCUCUACCGCCCUUCCAAAAUCAUCCCGUCGGCUAGUCUGAAGGCUCGCCGCGAUCUGGUCUCCCGGCCGAACGGACAGGCCGACGCCUCCGUCCAAGUUCCCCCCCUGCUACGGUCAGUUAUCUCUGCUGUAGCUUCUGUUCUUUUCCAGUUUCUCGAGAUUGAGCCAAGUCUAUUAUAAUCAAGUUCCUAGGGUUUACGUUGGUCCAGUCCCGUGGAGAAGCGAAGAAUUUUGCUUUUGCCCUUACCACUAUGGCAAUCCCCAGAGAGCUCUAUCCGUCUCAAGAUGAUCUUCCCUACGAGGAAGAGCUUUUGCGAAAUCCAUUUAGCUUGAAGCUGUGGUGGCGGUACUUAGUUGCCCGUCGAGAUGCCCCCUUCGAGAAGCGUUUUAUAACAUACGAGAGGGCACUCAAGGCUUUGCCUGGAAGUUACAAGCUCUGGCAUGCCUAUCUAACUGAACGUUUGGAUGUUGUGAGAAACCUACCCAUUACUCACCCCAAGUACCAGACUCUCAACAAUACUUUUGAGAGAGCUUUGGUUACUAUGCACAAGAUGCCUCGUAUCUGGAUAAUGUACCUGCAGUCAUUGACGAACCAGAAAUUUAUCGAGCGGACUCGCCGGACUGCUGACCGAGCACUUUGUGCUUUGCCUGUUACCCAGCAUGAUAGGAUCUGGGAGCUCUACUUGAAGUUUGUGAGCCAGGAAGGGGUUCCGAUUGAGACUUCGUUGAGAGUCUAUCGCAGGUAUUUGAAGUACGAUCCCGGCCAUAUUGAGGAUUUCAUUGAGUUCUUGGUGACUUCACGGCUUUGGCAAGAGGCAGCCGAGAGGUUGGCGUCAGUUUUGAAUGACGACCAGUUUUAUUCAUUGAAAGGGAAAACGAAGCACACACUGUGGCUUGAACUGUGCGAUUUGCUCACCAGGCAUGCCAAAGAUGUUUCUGGAAUCAAUGUCGAUGCAAUUAUCAGAGGUGGGAUUAGGAAGUAUACAAAUGAAGUUGGCAGAUUAUGGACAUCUUUAGCGGAUUAUUAUAUCAGAAGGGGAUUGUUUGACAAGGCAAGAGACAUUUUUGAGGAGGGUAUGACCACUGUUAUCACAGUGAGGGAUUUCAGUGUGAUUUUUGAUGCGUAUGCUGAGUUUGAGCAGGGCAUGGCUGAUCAUAAGAUUGAGAAUUUGGAGUCUAGCGAUGAGGAAGAAGAUAGUGCAGAGGAGAGUGAUUUGGAAGUGGACAUUCGGCUGAAAGUCACUUUACCAAAUUUCGAGAAGAAGUUACUCUCUGGUUUUUGGUUUAAUGACGAUAAGGAUGUGGAUCUCAUGCUGGCUAGAUUUGACUAUCUAAUGGAAAGAAGGCCUGAAUUGGCUAAUAGUGUUCUCUUGAGGCAAAAUCCCCACAAUGUGGAACAAUGGCACCGGAGGGUGAAGCUGUUUGAUGCUAACCCCGAGAAGCAGGUAUUGACGUACACUGAGGCUGUAAGAACUGUUGAUCCGAUGAAAGCAGUUGGAAAGCCUCACACUCUUUGGAUUGCUUUUGCCAAGCUGUAUGAGAAACAUAAUGAUCUUGUCAAUGCCAGAGUGAUUUUUGAUAAGGCCGCUCAGGUAAAUUAUAAGACCGUUGAUAAUUUGGCUAGUGUGUGGUGUGAGUGGGCAGAGAUGGAAAUCAGACACAAGAAUUUCCAAGCUGCUUUGGAGCUUCUAAGGCGGGCGACAGCAGAGCCAUCGGUUGAGGUCAAAAGAAGAGUGGCUGCUGAUGGGAAUGAACCAGUCCAGAUGAAGUUGCACAAGUCCUUGAGACUCUGGACGUUCUAUGUUGACCUAGAGGAGGGUCUCGGUACACUGGAGUCGACUCGCGCUGUUUAUGAGCGAAUACUGGACCUAAGAAUAGCUACUCCACAAAUAAUAAUCAACUAUGCGUUCCUUCUGGAGGGAAAUAAGUAUUUUGAAGAUGCAUUCAAGGUGUACGAAAGAGGCGUCAAAAUAUUCAAGUACCCACAUGUGAAGGACAUAUGGGUAACAUAUCUAUCAAAGUUUGUGAAGAGAUAUGGCAAGACAAAGCUAGAACGAGCUAGAGAGUUGUUUGAACAUGCUAUCGAGAUGACUCCUGCAGACUCUGUCAAACCAUUGUACCUACAGUAUGCAAAGUUGGAAGAAGAUUAUGGCUUGGCGAAGCGGGCUAUGAAGGUGUAUGAUCAAGCCACCAAGGCAGUUCCAAAUAGUGAGAAAUUGGGCAUGUAUGAAAUUUACAUUGCCCGUGCUGCUGAGAUAUUUGGUGUUCCAAAAACAAGAGAGAUAUAUGAACAAGCAAUAGAGUCUGGUCUUCCAGACAAAGAUGUUAAGAAAAUGUGUCUCAAGUAUGCAGAGCUUGAGAAGAACUUGGGAGAAAUAGAUCGGGCACGAGGGAUAUAUGGAUUUGCAUCUCAGUUUGCUGAUCCAAGAUCUGAUCAAGAUUUCUGGACUAAGUGGCAUGCAUUUGAGGUUCUCCAUGGAAAUGAGGAUACCUUCCGCGAAAUGCUGCGGAUCAAACGAACUGUUUCUGCUAGUUAUAGCCAGACACACUUUAUUCUACCAGAGUAUAUGAUGCAGAAGGAUCAAAAGAUGAGCAUCGAUGAUGCCAAAGACAAGUUGAAACAGGCUGGGCUACCGGAGGAUGAAAUGGCUGCUCUUGAAAAGCAACUAGCACCCGUUAGCACCACCGACAAUGCUGCCAGCAAAGAUGGCAACAACAGGACAACACUUGGGUUUGUAAGUGCAGGAGUGCAGACACAGACGGAUGGCGGGCUGAAGGUUACCAGGAACCAAGAAGACAUUGAGCUUCCUGACGAAAGCGACUCCGAUGAUGAUACUGAGAAAGUUGAAAUUGCACAAAAGGAAGUACCGUCCGAGGUGUUUGGAGGAUUGGUUCGAAAGAGGGAUGAUGCAGAGAAAGACGGCGGUGAUGAAGGCCAUGAUGCUCCAGCGGCACUUGGUGCUCUUGAGAGGAUAAAACGGCUAAAAAGAGAGGGGCAAAAUCACCAGUAAGCUAAUUGUACUUGAGAUUUCCGACCCGAGUUUUGAUGCCUAUCUUCUUGAUUGUUUUUGUAGUGUUAAGCACUAGGCCUGUAAUACUACACUGUUGAAUCCAGGUUAGGUUGGGCAUAUUAUUCUCCUGAGUGGUUGAUUGUGUGUCUGGUGCUGCUGUUUUCCUUCCCAUGUAACUUUCACAAACUGCAAGUUUGCAAUGAUCUCACUAGAUCACAUAGUUUAUUUAUGUGGUGCAUGCCUAAACAAUGCCGUCAAAAUCGCAUUUUAAAAUUUAAAUUUUUAUGGUGUUACGCUGUUAGGUCACAAAAAUGCUAAUAUUUCUAUACAAAUUUUUUAGUGUAUAGAAUCGAACUAAAUAGUUUACGAUUUUAGGCAUUUAGUCCACCAAAACGCUUUACGCUUUUGUGCUUCUACUUCACUAAAUAGGUAUUUUUUUUUUCACGAAAUUAAUUAUCAAAAGUAUAUUUUAAAGAUAAAUCACCAACAAUAUGAUACAUUUGACUCCUAAAGUGUUGUUAUCUUACUAGUUUUGAGUGAUGAUAGAAGUUGUAAUAAGGUUAUUUGACUCCUAAAGUGUUGUUAUCUUACUAGUUUUGAGUGAUGAUAGAAGUUGUAAUAAGGUUGUCAGACCUUGGAUUCAGUGAAGAAAACGGGCACUACACACCCGAAAGUUGACUUACUAAAAGGUUCUCGGAUUG